AUGUUCCCUAAACGAGGCCAUCGCCAUACAUUUACAAUUAGUCGCUUCAAAGAGCAAUCGCAUUUAAAAGAGACACUGUGGUUAAGCAUUAGUCGUAAAGAAAUAUUGCUAACACCCACCGAUAUAGUAAAAAUAUAUAUAAACGCUCCAUUCUUUGUUUUGUUUCUAACGAAAAUAUCUGUUUAUCUCUUUUCAUAUCUAUCUAUCUAUCUAUCUAUCUAUCUAUCUUUCAGUAUGUUCUUAUGUGUCUAUCAGUCUGUUCUUAUGUAUGUAUGUAUGUAUGUAUGUAUUUAUGUAUGUAUGUACGUAUGUAUCUAUCUAUCUAUCUAUCUAUCUGUCUGUUCCUAUGUGUCUAUCAGUCUGUUCUUAUCUAUGUAUGUAUGCACGUAUGUAUGCAUCUAUCUAUCUAUCUAUCUAUCUAUCUAUCUAUCUAUCUAUCAGUCUGUCUAUCUAUCUAUCUAUCUAUCUAUUUAUUACCUAUCUAUCUAUGUCUGUUCUUACGUGUCUAUCGUCUCUUAUCUAUCUAUCUAUCUCUAUCUUUUAGUCUUCUAUCUAUGUAUGUAUCUACCUAUCUUUCUUUCUUUCAGUCUUCUAUCUAUCUAUCUAUCUAUCUAUCUAUCUAUCUAUCUAUCUAUCUAUCAGUCUGUUUCUUAG